UAGGAAAGAAAUAGAUAACAAACAGACAAAUGUAGGUGUUGAUUAUAGAAAACCAGGGGAGAGACAACGUGGGAUCGAUAUACUGUGAACAAACACUCAAAGAAAAUCGUUCAAAAGUCAGCUCUUGCGUCUUCACUUUCAAAUGACUUGCCCCAUUUCCCCAAGUUUUGUCCAAUAAUACAUAGGUUCUCAAACGAAGAUAAGGAACUUUCCUUUCUUUUUCUGUAUCAGAAAAAUGCACUAACAGUGUAACACAUCACACUGUUAUUCUCUACUGUUUCUUGAUUUGAUGUAUCCGGCACUCUUUUUCUUCCUCUAGAUUCUGUCAUCUACUGAACAAGCUUUGAAUAAUUAGUGGGAGAAGAGACAGGGAGGGCAAGAGCAUCUGGAUUUGAAAUCGGAGAAGAUCCACUUGUGGGAAAAGGUGGCUACAGUGUUUUGGGUUCACGGGUAACUGUUGCUUCACUUGCAAGGGAUGGUAAUGCGAAUAUAAUAAUCUUGAAGGUUUUCAUUGCGGGCCUUUCUUUGGGGUCGUGUUCACCAGCUUUCUUACAAUAACAAUCAAAGGGUCUACUCGGUUAGUUAAAGUUCCUUCCUCAACUCUUCUUGUUUGACUUGAAAUCUUUGAUCUUGGGAUCUGAUAUCAGUUUGUCAUUUGGUUUUACAGGUCAUUGUUGCCUAACUUGCACGUGGUUUAUUAUUAUUAUUAUUGUCAUUUUGGUCCCCUGAUGGUUUUUGGGAGGCGGGUUUGGAAAUCCUUCAAUUGGGUCUUCGACUCUUUAUCAUUCUCUCUGUAAGGAGUAUUGCACCGUUGCGUGUUCAGCAAAACAGGGUCAAAGGUUGAUUUUUGGUUUUAGAUUUCUUUCUGGGACUGGGUAGCUCACUUGUUCUACCGGUAUUUAUUAUUGUUUCACUUUUUUUUUUUUUUUACAAGCUGUUCUUAGUUGGUCCUUUUGUGCUUUCUGAGGCAUUUUGGGACGUCAUAUAUAAAGUUUCUCCAUUGGGGCGUCCUUUCGUUUUCUGCAAGGGGCAGUACUAUUAGUGACCGAUUUAAGAUUGCACUAGGAUUGGGGGGUUGGUUCCUAAAAUUACUGGUCUAGGGAACUGAUUUAUGGUGGGGGAUUGGCGAUCUCAGUUUUCGUACCUGUAAUUAUUAUUUCUUAUUUCUUAAAGCUGCAAGUUGGAGUUUUUUGGGCGGAAGUCUUUUGGCAUGUGGGUAUGUAUGCAAGGUUCUUCGGUUGGAUAAUUUGUUAUUGCUUCUGAAAAGCAGUGCACGCAGAAUGAUGACUGGUUCGGCUGAUUUUUUGGGAGUGUUGACCCUGAUUUGAGCUGGAAAAACUCCUGUGGUUUUAGCGAUGGUGUCGCUGCGGUUUGUUCCGAUGACUUUCCUCAAAUGGGUAUGCUUUGCUUGCUUUCUUUGUUCAUCGUUGGGUUUGAACAGCCCGGCCUCGUCAUGUGAUCCACAUGAUCUGUUGGCACUGAAGGAAUUUGCAGGGAGCCUCAUAAAUGGCUCCAUUGUUACAAGCUGGUCCAAUGAAUCCAACUGCUGCAAAUGGGAGGGUGUUGUCUGUGAGAAUGUAAAGGAUAAUCUUUCAAUUGCCAGUAGAGUGACCAAAUUGUUUCUCUCCAAAAUGGGUCUCAAAGGGACAGUUUCACACUCUAUGUUUCGUUUGGACCAGUUGAAGUGGCUUGAUCUUUCAAACAACCAUCUCGAUGGUGAAUUGCCCCCGGACCUCUCAAACUUGAAGCAGCUGGAAGUUCUUGAUUUGAGCCAUAACAUUCUUUCAGGACCAGUUUUAGUGGCGCUUUCUGGUCUUGAAUCCAUUCAGAUACUGAACAUCUCUAGCAAUUCAUUCAAUGGGAAUGUUGUCAAACUUGGGGUAUUGCCAAACCUUCUUGUGUUCAAUAUUAGCAACAAUUCAUUCACCGGCCAGUUUGAUUCUCACAUUUGCAGUUCCUCCAAUGGGGUUCAGACUAUUGACUUGUCGGUGAAUCAUUUGGUGGGCGGUCUUGAAGCCUUGGACAAUUGCAGCACAUCUCUGCAAAAAUUACAUUUGGAUUUCAAUUCUCUUUCAGGGCCUCUACCUGAUGCCUUGUAUACUCUGUCAGCUUUGGAGCAACUCUCGGUCUCUGCGAACAAUUUAUCUGGCAAGUUAAGCAAGAAGCUAAGUAAGCUCUCCAAUCUUAAAGCUUUAGUCAUUUCUGGAAACCAAUUUUCUGGCAAACUGCCAAAUGUGUUUGGGGCCCUUACAAAGCUAGAAGUAUUAGUUGCGCACUCGAAUUGGUUUUCUGGGUCAUUGCCAGCUACCCUUGCACUCUGCUCAAAGCUUAGAGUUCUUGAUCUUCGUAACAACUCGUUCAUGGGUCCUAUUGAUCUUAAUUUCACUGGGUUGCCCAAUCUCUGCACACUUGAUCUUGCCACUAAUCGUUUUUCUGGGCCUCUUCCAAAUUCUCUAUCUAAUUGCCGUGAACUGAAGAUUUUGAACCUUGCUAAGAAUGAAUUGACUGGCCCAAUCCCGGAAAAUUUGGCACAGCUCGGGUCACUGCUGUUUCUUUCAUUAUCAAACAACAGCUUUGGGAACCUAUCUGCAGCACUAUCUGUGCUGCAGCAUUGCAAAAAUCUCACCGCUCUUAUCCUUACCGAGAAUUUCCAUGGUGAGGAAAUUCCACAAAAUGUGAGUGGGUUUGAGAGCUUGAUAAUUUUAGCGCUUGGGAAUUGCGCUCUGAAAGGCCAAAUCCCAGGUUGGUUAUUGAGCUGUAGGAAGUUGCAAGUCCUGGAUUUGUCUUGGAAUCACUUGGAUGGCGUUGUCCCUUCUUGGAUUGGUCAGAUGGAGAAUUUGUUUUAUUUGGACUUCUCAAAUAAUUCUCUCACAGGUGAAAUCCCAACAAGUUUGACAGAGCUAAAGAGCCUUGUAUUUUUAAAUUGCAGUUUGUCAAAUCUUACUGCUUCUACUGGCAUUCCGCUAUAUGUAAAGCGUAACAAGAGUGCUAGUGGUCUGCAAUACAACCAGGCCAAAAGUUUCCCCCCCUCAAUAUACUUGAGCAAUAACAGAAUAAGCGGAAUGAUAUCCCCUGAAAUUGGACGGCUAAAAGAGCUACAUGUUUUAGAUUUGAGCAGAAACAACAUAACGGGUGCCAUACCUAGCUCCAUUUCUGAGAUGGAGAACUUAGAAGUAUUGGAUUUAUCGUAUAAUAAUUUUUCUGGAACUAUCCCACUGUCAUUCAGCAAGCUCACAUUCUUAUCAAAGUUUAGUGUGGCAUAUAACCACUUGCAUGGAGCAAUUCCAAUUGGGGGACAGUUCUCUAGCUUUCCCAACUCAAGCUUUGAGGGCAACCCGAGACUUUGUGGGCAAAUAGAUUCUUGUGAUGUCGAGGGGAAUACCGGACUAGAAUCUGUUAUUCCUUCUGGUUCAAACAGUAAAUUUGGUCGAAGCAACAUCUUUGGCAUAACGAUCAGUAUUAGUGUUGGAUUGGCUGUGCUACUUGCAAUGGCUCUGCUUAAAAUGUCUAGGAGGGAUGUGGCGGAUCCGAUUGAUAACUUUGAUGAGGAACUCAGCAGGCCACGCAGAUUAUCUGAAGCACUUGGGUGUUCAAAGCUGGUACUCUUUCAGAAUGCAGAUUGUAAAGAUCUCACAGUUGCAGACUUGUUGAAAUCUACCAACAAUUUCAACCAAGCGAACAUAAUUGGUUGUGGUGGAUUUGGUCUGGUUUACAAAGCCAGCUUUCCUAAUGGGACAAAAGCUGCAAUCAAGAGACUUUCUGGGGAUUGCGGUCAGAUGGAACGUGAAUUCCAAGCUGAAGUGGAAGCCCUGUCGAGAGCUCAGCAUAAAAAUCUCGUUGCUCUUCAAGGUUAUUGCCGAUAUGCGAAUGAUAGGUUGUUAAUUUACUCUUACAUGGAGAAUGGAAGCUUGGAUUAUUGGCUGCAUGAGAAUGUUGAUGGGGGUUCACUUCUAAAAUGGGAUGUAAGGCUCAAGAUAGCUCAAGGUGCAGCUCAUGGAUUAGCUUACUUGCACAAGGGUUGUAAGCCAAAUAUAGUUCAUCGAGACAUAAAAUCUAGCAACAUCCUUUUGGAUGAAAGUUUUGAAGCUCAUUUGGCUGAUUUUGGUCUCUCAAGGCUACUGCAACCUUAUGAUACUCAUGUUACUACGGAUUUGGUUGGUACCUUGGGUUAUAUCCCUCCUGAAUAUAGUCAAACUUUAAUGGCAACUUUCAAGGGUGAUGUCUAUAGUUUUGGAGUAGUUAUUCUAGAGCUUCUUACUGGUAAAAGGCCUGUGGAAGUUUGCAAAGGAAAAAACUGCAGGAACUUGGUGUCUUGGGUGUUUCAGAUGAAAUAUGAGAAGAGAGAGGAGGAAAUUAUAGAUUCAGCUAUAUGGGAUAUGGAUCAUGAGAAACAGCUCUUAGAGGUGCUUGGUAUUGCCUGUAAAUGCAUAGAUCAAGAUCCAAGACAGAGGCCCUCUAUUGAGCAAGUUGUUUCGUGGCUUGAUGGUGUUGGAUUUAAAGAUGCACAGCAAUGAACUACAUUAGUUUCUCUCUUCUAAUUUUAUGUCAGGAUUCCCAGAAAAGGAUAGUAUACCUGUACAGAAACAUUGUCUCAAGUUUCUAGAAGGUUGGAGUGAGUUUCAAGAAGUAACUGACAGAUGAACUAUGUAUACGCUACGCAUGCUAUAUCUAUAUUUGGCCAUUUCUUUUGCUACAUAUAAGCAUUUAUAGAAUGUCUAAAUUCUGCUUU